AUGCAAUCCUCAACUCUACGCCGCGACCAUUCGUACACAUCACUCGGCGAGCGUCGAGGAAAAUCAGACCUGGCGCGGUUUUCCCUGGAUUUGAGUUGGGCCAGAGCGGUGUCCGACAGUGCUCGUUCAAGGGCAUACCCCUCUCCGCCCAUGUCAGGAUCUCCGCCGCUUCCACCAAGACGAAACCCCGAGUCCAGCGAUCGUGGUCAUGGAAGCUAUGGAUCGAGUGGGCAGGACGUCUAUAGGGGAAUACAAACACCGCAGAUGGAGCAUGCGGAACAGCAGCGAGGGCCGCUCAUGCGCGGAUACGUGCCAGAUCAAGGGCCUUCGAUGCCAUAUCCAGGACCGUACAGUCUAGCCAACAUGCCACACGCCCAAAUGCAAUAUCAACCACAACUUCCACAGAUGGUUCCACAACCACAACAACAGCAGCAGCAACUUCAUGGCUAUGCGCCUCAUCCCCCGCAACCUCCCGCGCCAUUCUCAACGCCUGACCGACCGCCAAUCAGCCAGACCUCCGAAUUUACCUCCCCGAAACAGCAAAGAAAGACAAAAGGGCACGUAGCGUCGGCUUGCGUGCCUUGCAAGAGGGCGCAUCUCAGGCAACGACCAUGCUCACGCUGUUUGAGCAACGGAAAGGAGGAUGCGUGCGUCGAUGUGCAGCACAAGAAGAGAGGUCGACCACGUUUGCGGGAUGAACGGGAGCCGCGAUUCGAAGGAGUAGGACAAGGAUAUCCUCAGCAUCCUGAGGCCUCGAUGAGACGUCCGCUUUCGUCCUAUAAUCCCAGCGAUCAGUCUGGGUUCUCAGAUACUAUGCAGAGAUCGAACUCGUAUAGGGUCUUGAAGUCGCAGGGAGGUGGUCCGAUGGGUGGUCCAAUGGCUCCAAGGUAUCUCGAUCAUGCAAGUGCUGCAGAUGCUAACAUCUAUGGGGCUCCAAUGCCUCUGACUGCCAGAAUGGGUCCAUCACAAGAACCUGCUUGCGCUUAUCUUAACCUUGAAAUGCAGAUCGUCAAGGCUACUCCGAGUUUUGGCGAAACAAUAGGUGUUCCUUCGGUCUACCAAAGAAAAUUACAGGACAUCGUAAGUCCUAACGAUCGGGAUAAAGUAGCUCGUCUCCAAAGGAUAUUCGAGGAUGAGCGUCGUGAAAGAGAACCAAACAUUCUCCCUCCCAUAUACCUCGUCAAGUUCGAGGAUGAUCGCGUCAUCCAGUCGUUGGGAUUUGGUCCUGAAGAGAUGGGACAACCCAGAGCUGACAAGCCGGAGAUGUUCACUUUCCAUGCACCAGAUGGGCAACAAAGGACUUUCCAGAUCCGUAUGGGCCUGGCCAAGAAGGAGUCGACAUAUUAUAUCGUCCUCCAGAUACAUGUCCCUCCUACCCAACAGCAGUUCCCCCAACAAGUGGCGUCGCAAUAUCCCCAAGAUUCUUGGUCUCGAGAUUCACAGCAGCAAUAUGGUUAUCAGACCCCUCAACAAUCGUUCGCUCCGAACCCUGCUCUCUCUCCUUUCACCGCUACUCCUGGAUUUGGCGACCCUCGUGGUGAUAUGACAGCUUAUCGAACUCCAGGACCUCUUGGAGCCAACAUUCCUCAAUCUGCGAGUAUGUCUUAUGCCCAAGCUCCCCCGAGACAGGAUUACCCUCAAGGUCAAACUCCAUAUCAAACGCCACGCAGCGAGCUCCAGCAAACGCAACCGCAACGACAACAUGACCUCCAAUUGCCCCCAAUACGAGAUCAACGAGGUGAAAGCUCCUCGGGCGAUCCCAUGCGGCGCAGGGAUGAUCGCAGCGGUCGCGUUGACAUUGGUGGACUUCUCGAGAAUCCAGACCGUUCACGAAGGGGACCUGGUGGACCUUGA